CCUGUUUUACUCGAUCCAUGGGUCCGUUCUCUCUCUUUCUUUCUCGGUUUUCUUCUUUUUUUCUCUUAGUACUGUGCACGGUGUCACAGCAGUAGGACGGUGUCUCCGAUCGUGGUAGUGAUUCUUCGGUAAAGGGCAACGACUCGCCAAGUGAAAAUAAUGUCUCCUUAUGCACAUCGAAUGGAGUCGCGGUGAACAGUGCGUACUACGGUUCGUUUGAAGGUUUAACACGGAUAUUCCAGUGAGAAGAAACGCGGAUAAGUUGUAACGAUCAGGUUGGAAAUGCAUCGAAGGAGAAUUUAAGAAGGAGCAAUGGAGGACGAGCCACGGGAUACCUGUUUCGGGGCAGGAAGCGUGGCAGGGGCUGUGAUCGGUACUUUCCUUACGACAAUUCUCCUGCUGCUCGUUGCUGCGCUCCUUUACAAACAGUGGCGUAGACACAAGGGAAAACACUUGGUACUGGUGACAGACCCAGAAAUCGUCGAGGAGGCAUAUGCGUUCGACAAUCCUUGUUUCAAGGAUGUCACAACAUCUCCAACUAACCGAACACGAGAAGGGGCGAUAUCUAUGGCAUCUGGGGAUACCCCAGGUAAAGAUUCUGCACGAUGGUCUACUUCUUGGACAUCCUUGGGACUUGGUUCAACUAACCGCAAUGAUAAGCGAAAAACUCUCGACGAUUCCUGUCUCGGACCAAAAGCUACAAGAAUCAGCGAAGUUAACUUGAAAAGCCGAGAUUUCACAGGACUGGGAUUUAAUAUUUGUGGUAAUAUGAGAGAAGGAAUUUUCGUUAAAGACCUCCUACAUCGUGGACCUGCAUCGGAAUCUGGGAAAAUACAUCCUGGUGACCGCAUAGCCAGUGUGAAAAUCAGUUUUCGAAAUAUGGUGUACGAAGACGCCUUAACGAUCUUAAGUUACGCUUCGCCAUAUGACGUAAAGCUUGAAGUAGAAAGCGGUGGGAUUGGAUCAAAACCGACCACUCUUUUGAAGAAAAGCGUUGGUCCAAGCGCAGCAAGAAUUUGCCACCCUUUGUAUAGAAGUCAAUCAAUCCCAGAACUCUCCCAAUCAAAGAGCGUUGCAAAAAGAUUAUUCAUAGUAGACCCAAACGAAUCCAUCAGUUCCAAUUACUCAACUAUGAAUUCAACUUUAAAAUCUUCCAAAUCUACGCCUGGCAAACAACCAUUUGAGAAACGGCACGAAGAGUCAAAGAGUAAUCACCAUAAAUUUGGUAUUAAGGUUCUACCUGCUCUGGACGGAACUGUUCAUCGCAUUGAAAAUCAAAAUGAGCAUAAUACAAACCUAGAAAGAAGACACUCAAAGAAAUUAGACAAAGAAAAAUAUUUAUCCAACACAAGUAAAAGUGAUAAAAAGGAAGAAGCUCAACGACAACAAAAUUCCCAAGUAUUAAGUAGACCCAAGGAGAAAACGGAUCUUUUUGAUAUGUGCAGUGUAGACACUUUAGAUAAAGGUAAAAAAAGUGGAGAUGCUACAAUUCAUAUUCCACAGGAAGUACCUGCGGAAGUGCAUAAUGCAGCCAUGGCUGCUCGAAGGAACAGAAAAAACAGCUCUGAACUGUUGAAUGCUCAAAAAGACAUUGAGUCAGUAGAAACUGAAGAUUCAAAGAAUCAGCAGAAGAAUAAAAGAAAAGCUCCACCACCUCCAACGAGCAAUUUGGAGGCUGAACAAAUUACAGUGAAGAAGGAUUCUGUUAUGAAGAAAGAGUAUGAAAUUAAUAGCAUCAGCGAUUUUACAGAAUCUUUAUCAGAUUAUGUAAACAAAGUACGUGAAAAUACAGAAACACAUGGAGAACAAAAAAUGGAGACCUUGAUAAUCGAUGGAAGACAUUCUGAAUCUGACACUGAUAGUGAGAUACAAAAUAGCUUUACGACCAUUGAAUUAAAUUCUACUAACAUUACUAUUCAUCAGACACCUGUACCUGAGACGAACGAUGACGAAGAUGACGAAGAUGAUGUUUAUAGAAAGGCGGCAAGUUUAGGAGAUCUGUCCAAGUACGAAUGCAAGACAUCAGCAACUCUUGAAAGAGCACAAAGUCUUGACAUGACGGACACAGGCACAAAAAAGCGCAAAGCACCACUUCCACCGGAAGAUAUCAAUGAGUCUACAGAAGAUCUAACUAAACUUGAUCAAAUGGACACCUUUGAUAGACGGUUACUAAAAAAAUCUAACGAAUGGGGUACCCUAGAGAACGUUUGGCGUAAGAAACAAGACGGAGAAGAAAAAUCAAAGAAAUCAAGAAUUAGAAAGAAAAGCAACGAACGACCCAAAUCUUCUGUAGAAAUUCAAUUAAAAGAUGACACCUCUGAUGAAAAAAAAGACGAUGAAACUAGCAUUGAACUUUACAAUCUUCCUCUAAGUAAACGACUUACAGAAGAAUUUAUUCAUACCGAGAGAAUGUUCAAUCCAGAUGAAGACAAUUCAUUGGCUAGAAUUGUUAAUGAUGGUACUGUCAUCAAAAGUCCUACUUUGGAAGAACUAGAAUUACAGUUCAAACAGGAAGCAUCCUUACCUGAAGACCUUAAUAAUGAUAGUAUACCAGUGGAUCAACAGUUAUCAGAUGAAGAUGAUAAAGUAAUAAAUACAGAGUUCAGUAAAGUUUUGAAGCAUUUUGAAAUGUCUUCAGAGAAACCUUCAACCUUCCCAGAAUCUUCUAAGCAUGAAUUAUCGAAUAGUAAAAUUUCAUAUGUGGGUAAGAAAAUGGUUGAGGAAGAACCUAUGACAAAGGUUCACGUCACAAGAGUAUGUCCUGCGUGCGAGGAUAAUGGAAAUCGUCAUGACAAUUGUCAAAAAAAAUCUUAUUCUACAAAAAGGUCAUCCACACCGAUACCUUUGCAAGAUUCAGACUCGACGAAAGGCAAUAACGAGGAAGAAUCAAACUCGAUGUCCUACACUUCUGGUGCAACUUUGAAAGAUGAGGAAAGAUUGAAGUCCAGACGAGUGAUCGAAAUUUCCACCAAUCAGAGAAUAAAUAGGGAGAACGAUGAAGAUGAGGACGAGUACGAGUUUGGUUCUGGUGUGACGAUAAGCAAUAAAAGUUUGUUCGAUCGCGAGGACCGGCGUAAUAUAAAUAAUAUCAGUGUGUCCAGUGGUGAGAACAGUGAGGACAGCGGGUUGGUUGGCGAGUCGAUGGAUUACAGUGCGCAGGACUUUGAUCAUCGACCUCCGUUACCUAGCACACCGAUGCCGCAAAAGAUGACUUACAUCACGGAAAUCAAACUCUCUGCUAAUGGUGGAAAGCUACAAGAGGAUGGGAACGACGAAACGAAAGAAAGUAAAGAGAACAGGUUGGCGCAGAAUGAAUUGAAAACGGUUUCAAACGGUAAGGCUGCUUCUAAGAAGCCUCCUGUUCCUCCUAGGCGAACCGACAUUAUGAAAUCCAAUAAAAAAGGAAAUGUUGAGAAACAAGUUAUUUAUGUUUCUGAAUAUAAAUCAAACGAAGCUAAAGAAUCAGAUGGUUCAGACGUGAGUCAAGAGAUCAAACAAUCAGAUGCUAGCCCACAAAAACAUGAUCAGUGGACGCAUUUAGAGGAAAAACAACAGAAUCGAUGAGAAUGAUCUACCAGUGAAUUAGAAGUAAUCAGUAAUGCUUUCAGAUAUUUAAUGUAUGAUUCUUUAAUGCAUCUUUUUACCACUGGAAUAACGAUGAGUGUCAUAAAAUGAGUAAGUUUAAUUAUGACAAACUAUUAAGUUGUUGCAUACUGAAUGGUUCAUUUUAAGAUAUUCCAGGUGCAUUGGUGUAACAUAACUAGAAUUUUAGAAUUGUAGAAUGUUGGGAUUCUAGAAUUUUAGGAGCUUCAAAUUCAAUAAUUUUGGUAUUUUAGAAUUUAGCUCUAUCUAGUUACACCAAUGUUCAGGUGUAAGCCAUGUUCAAUAUGAAAACAUUACCAGUACAGGAAUAAAAUAUUUCUUAUAUUCUGAAUAUUUGCUAAUGGAUAAUACUAACGUAAGCUAUAAAGCUGUUUAUAUGUAGUAUUUUUCAUUAAAUUUUAAACUUAGGAUUGAUAUGCCAGUAACAAAAUUACCUACUAAAUUUUCGAUGUUUCAAAAUUGGUCAUAUGCAACAACUUAAUACAAAUCAAUAUCAUAUUGUUCAUCAUUAACUGUAAAGAAAUCUUCAAGGAAAAGAAUAUUAGAACCAGCAAUAGAAAUUUUAAUAUUAUGAAAUUAAAGAACAAUUAUAACAUACUGUACUUAACUUUUGUCGCAUGGAUGAAGCAGAUGUCGAUCGCUAUUUGUAUUAUGCUCAGCUUGAAUAGAUCUGCUCUUAAACUAGUCGAAAGAAAAAAAAACAAAUUUUAUUUAGUAUCUUCACUGAUUCUCUGAAAAGACUGGCUCUUGUUUAAAAACACGUUUUGUUCAAUCUUUUGAUAAAGGUGUUUGUUGUUGUAAGUAAAGUGUAUUUAUUUUACAACGUUCUUCUUGUUUUAAAAAUUGUUACAAUUAGAAUCUUGUAUUAUAUAUGUGACUUGCAUCUUUAUAAGGUAGUGCAGUAUUAGAAAGUAUCAUACAUAUCAAGAAUCAUACAUUUACAACAGUGUUUUUAAUAUUAAAUAAACACUGAAUUUAAUUGUACAUAUAGUAUCAAGUAGAGUAGGCUUUUUUAGAGAAAAUGGCAAUAUAGGAAAAGUAAGAAUUCUUAGAAUCUUAAAUUUUACGAUAUUAAUAUUAAAAGUGAUUUAAAAAUAAAAUAAUAUAAUGUUUAAUUAAUAAAUAUCUAUAUAUAUGUAUAUGGGGCCUCCUCCUUUACAUCGUUAUUUUCCACGAGGAAGCUUACUCUGCUUGAUACACUGUACAAGGUGUAUCAAAAAUGAUAAAUUUUCUAUGCCAAAACAAAUCUGCCGCUUCGGUACAAAUGAAUUCCGUAGCAUCAUAUUUAAGCCUUACAAUUAGACAAUUGAGCGGGAAAUUAAUUACUUAACCACAAAUUCACACAAAUAAAGAUACAAAGCAAGUAUUAUCUAACAGUAAAGAUUGUUUAUAUUAAUAUUUAUUACAUUACAAGAAGAAUCAAGAGUUAAUAACAUUUUGAAUGUUUUAUUUUUAUGACGUCUAUAAGCAAAUUAAUAAUAAUUAUCUAUAUUAUAAACUGAAAGUGCAAUGGUGUUAAAUAAAUUAAAUGGUUUAAUUCAUAUGUUUAAUCUUAAAAGGAAAUCGAAAUCAAAGCAUAUAUUUCAUUGCAAUCAAAAUUAGCGUAUUGUACAUAUUAAAAAAUUAAUAUUAACGAUUAUUGACGAUGUUAUAUGAUUCUUGGUAUUACGUGAUACUCAAACAACUUGAUCGACACCAACUCAGUGCGAGAUAAAAGGGUGUACAAAAGUUAUUCAAAUUGUUUGAAAUUUUGUUGUGUUGCUCAUUAAUGAAAAGUUGACAGUGACAGAGUAACAUGGGGAAAAGUAAAAUAUGAAAUGAUGCUAUAAAAUGUUGUCGCAUCGUAUAAAAUAUUGUAAAAUAUUUGAAUCGUUUUAUUAACAUACUCACUAUAUUUAUAUAAGAUGUGAGUAAAUAAUUAAUGACAUAACUUUUAACUUCUUAUAAGGUAACAGGGAACAUUAAUAAAAUGAACAUAUUAAUAAACACUUGAAAUACGUCAAAGUCAUAAUUAAAAUUAAAAUAUGUGUUUUUGGAUAAUACGUAAUUUUUGGACAUCCUAUAUAAAAUAUAAUAUACAUAUUAUGAAACCGUUUUAUCAUAAAUAAUUUUGAAAAAGAUAAAUACAAGUGCCAAAUAACAUUUUGUAAUUCUUAUAUAGAUUUUAAAAUUAUUUUAUAUGUUAAAAAAUAACAGGCAAAAUUUUUAUUAAUAUAGGUGCAUUUUAUAGGAAAGGGGAUACACAAUUUUUUGCUCUAUUGAGUAUUCUAUUAGAUUUUCUAUAUUAGAAAAUAAAGAAUAACAUAUGUUUACCUUUUUAAUAGUAUGUUAUAUUUCUUAAUGAAAUGCUUUUAGAAUAGAAAUGUUAUAAUUAUAAUCUAAUAAAAAAUGUUUAUCUGUUUUCUAUAUCUUCUUUUCUAUCAAACAUUAACAUGCAGAAAAUUAACAAUAUUUUAAAAGGGAAAAUAAGAAAAACAAGAAAAAUAUCUUUACCUCAUGUUACUCUCUGUACUAAUAAUUCAUUGUUAAAGAAUCCAAUAAAAAUAAUGUAUAUGUAUACCGCAGUUCACCAGAGUCCAUAACUGCGAAAAGACCAGUUUUCGUUCUUUGCGCUUCUCCAGUGCGCAUCUUGGCCCUGAUUGGCGAUACUCCCAAAUGAAGUGGAAAGCGAUUAGCAGAGAGCUCGCUGCGUUCCCCCACCAUCUCCCAACCUGCGCGUCGCACUUAUGGACUCUGGUGAACUGCGGUAUAUGUAGGAUGUUUUCUAACAUCUGGGAAUUACUUUAAUAAUAGAGAAAGGAUACAAAAUCCAUGAUAAAUGUUUCUAUAGAUUGUGGACAUUUAUGAAUUUAUGACUAAAAUAUGAAUGUAGUUGUAUAAAUCUUAAUUUUAAAUUUUAGAAUUUUAGAAUCUCAGAAUUGUGAAAUUUGGCUGAUUUGAACUUCUGGGCAAUCUUUUUAUGGCAGACGUUUACUAAGAAAACGUUUGAGAAGUCUAUGUACCAAAUGCAUCUCUGCCAUUUUCUCAUUUGAAAAUUAUUCUCAUUUCUCAUUUUCUCAUAAUUAUAUCAAAUGUCCUUCAUUAUCUAUAGAAAUGAGUACCACAUGUUAUGAAGCACCCUAUACAAUUAUAAAUUUUCCCGCAUUUCAUUGAUAUAUUUUUAAGGAAUUAAAGAUUCUGUACAUGUAUUUCGCAUUAUUGAAUCCGUCCGUUAUAUUCUUAUUAUUAGUAGAAUAAAUUUUUAUCGAGGAAAAAUGCUGAAAAAUAACGAAACGUUAAAUUAUACGUGUGUAUAUAGGAUAAUUUCAAAAUAGGUUAUCGAAUUUUGAGAGAACAUUCCGUUUACUUAGAGCUGGUUUCUUUCGAAAAAAAUGAAUCUUAAUAUUUUAUCUCAAAAAAAAAUUUGUUUAAUGUAAUAAUUAUACAAUCAAAAUUACUAAUAGAGAGUGCAAAUGAAAUAUCUAUUUUAUUAUGUUUUCAUCGAUGUUUAAAAUGAAAAAAUAACGAAAUACAUAAUUUUAUGCAUUCAAAUUGUUACAUUACAAAAGACUAAAAUGUUAUGUCAAAUUGUUGUUUCUUGUAAUAAAAUUGUAAGAAAGUUCCAGUUAAUCAACAGGAUAGAAUAUUAAAAUGGGUGCUCUUCCUAGUCCUUUUUUCUUUCGAUAACUUAUUUUAGAAACACCCUGUGUGCAUUUCGUCUAUUCGUAAGGCUGUGUGCACAGUUCAAUAUAAUUGUUAAAGAAGAAAAAAGAAAUGAAUAUUUGUAUAAGUUAUAUAAAUAGUUAUAUCAUCCAAUUUUACAACAAAAAAAUCACGUAAACAAUAAGAAUUGCUAUUUUGAUAUUCUAUAGAUUGUUAUUAGCAACGAAAAUUAUAUUCUAAAAUUGAUUUAUAAAUAAAUUUACAGUUAUGUAAAUACUAUAAUGCAUAUAAUUAGAAUAAGUCAUUUUAUUAAUCAUAAAUUUUUAAAGAAUUCAAGUGCAAUUUCAUUAAUUAAAACAUAUACGUGUGUACAUUUUCAGAACAGAAAAAUGUACGAUUUAAAAUGUUUUUCAUUGUAAAUAGAGGCCAGUUACAAAUAUAUUUUACUUAUAAAUGAUUUAGUUCCAAGAGGAUUAUGGAAAAGAAAUUUAUUUUAAACUGAAAACUUUCUUAAACUGUUUAACACUACUAAACACUUAAGUAACAUUUUUAAAUUCUAAUAAAUUUUAGUAAUUAAGCAAAAAUAGGAUUUAAUAUACAUCCAAAUGAUAUGUAACAUGUAUGUUUGGGUUGUGUAUUUAAAUGUUACGUGAUUUUAAAUUACACUUUAUGAGAAAAAAAGAGCUCAAUUCAAUGCUUUAAAAAUGUUAGAAAUGUAUUACAAUAAGAGAAUGUAUUCAAAAUAACAUGUAUAACAAAUGUAAAUCCUUAGUAUUGUUCAGCCAGUGCGAAAUCAUUGACAAUAUAUCUGAGGAAAUUUCAUACCAAUCUAUACAUUGAAUAAUGUUGUAUUAAACUUUUCAAUUUA